AUGGCUAAAGGUAAUUACUCGACAGAGUCUGGAUUCAUCCUCCUGGGGCUCACAGACAAUCCAGAGCUUCAGAUCAUUCUCUUUGGUGUAUUCUUGGUUGUCUACUUAGUCAGUGUCACCACUAAUCUUGGACUGAUUGUGCUAAUCCAGGUCAGUGCUCAGCUGCGCACACCCAUGUACUUUUUCCUUAGUCACCUGGCUUUCAUUGAUUUUUGUUUUACCUCUGCAGUCACCCCUAAUAUGCUGGUGAAUUUUUGGCAUGAGGUUAAAAGCAUACCAUUUUUUGCAUGUGCCAUUCAGGUGUGCUGUUUUAUCAUAUUUGUUGUGUGUGAAGUAUUUGUGCUAUCCAUCAUGGCCUAUGAUCGCUAUGUCGCCAUCUGUAACCCUCUGCUUUAUGCCAUUCUCAUGCCUAGGAGACUGUGUGUUCAGAUGAUUGCUGGCACGUACAUGUAUGGAUUUACUGUGGGUCUUGUUCAGACUGUGGCCACAUUUAGAUUGUCCUCUUGUGGCUCCAAGGUGGUCAACCACUUCUACUGUGACGAUGUUCCCUUAAUUGCUCUGGCUUGUUCUGACACUCACAUAAAAGAGCUCAUGCUGUUCAUCAUCGCAGGCUUUAAUUUCCUCUCCUCUCUAGCAAUUGUGGUCACUUCUUAUAUCUUCAUCCUGUUUGCCAUUCUUAGAAUUCAUUCUGCCAAAGGAAGACAGAAAUCAUUUUCUACUUGUGCGUCUCACCUGACCUCCAUCUCAAUAUUUUAUGGCACAGCUAUUUUUAUGUACCUGCAGCCUAAGUCUACCCAUUCUCUGAACAGAAAUAAAUUUGCCUCGGUGUUUUAUGUGGUAGUGAUUCCCAUGUUAAACCCUGUGAUCUAUAGCUUGAGGAAUCAGGAAGUAAAAAAUGCCCUGAAGAAAACUGUUGAAAAAAUUUUUUGGCUACCAAAUGAUGUAAAAGGUCACUAA